GGCCGGCCGAUUAUUCUCUACUUCUUUCCGCUGGCGGGCUCACCCCACUGCACCAUUCAGGGGUGCAGCUUCCGCGAUGCCCUCAUGGACUCGGCCACUUUCGUGGAGCAAGAUGCAAUCGUGAUUGGUGUCUCGCAGGACUCGCCAGACAUGCUCAAGAGGUUUGUCAACAAGCAUGAUCUCAACUUCAUUGUUCUGAGUGACGAGAAGAGGGAGGCAUUUGACAUCUUUGGCAUCAAUACCAAAUUGUUUGGACUUCUCAAU